UAGUCCCAUCCUUCAAAGUCUCAAGGCUUUCUUACUCACACCUUUGUACCGUCGUCAAUGGCCGCUUCAGGUUUCGAGGGCUUCGAGAAACGCCUGGAGCUCCACUUCUCCGGCGACGACCCGGCGGCGGUCCGGAUGGGCCUGCGGCGGAUCGAGUUCGAGUCGCUGGAGCGGGUCUUGGGCGAGGUUCAGUGCACCGUCGUGUCGGCCCUCGGGAAUGCUCACUUGGACGCCUACGUGCUGUCGGAGUCGAGCCUCUUCGUGUACCCCACCAAGAUCGUGAUCAAGACCUGCGGGACCACGCAGCUGCUCAGAGCGGUCCGGCCACUGGUGGUCCAUGCCCGUGAUCUGGGCCUCGCACUAUGCCUGUGUAGGUACACCCGGGGCAGCUUCAUUUUUCCUCUCGCCCAACCUUUUCCCCACACCAGCUUUCCGGAAGAGGUGGCCUACUUGGAAGGUUGCUUGCCCACCAAUAUUUGCUCCAGGAAGGCGGCCAUCAUGCCCUCCAACGUGGCGGCCUCCCAUUCCUGGCACGUGUUCACCGCGUACGAUCCGGCUCUCGCGGCCGACGUGUUGCCGGCACCGGACGUCGUCUACACUGUCGAGGUGUGCAUGACCGAGCUCGACCGAGGGCGGGCGCAGAAGUUCUUCAGGCAGCCGGGCGACGGGAAGACCGGCGACUCCGCCGGGAAAGAAAUGACCGCCCUCACCGGCAUCGGGGAGAUCAACCCCAGGGCGCUCGUCUGCGACUUCGCUUUCGACCCGUGCGGGUACUCGAUGAACGGGGUCGACGGCGGCCGUUACUCGACGAUACACGUGACCCCAGAAGAGGGAUUCAGUUACGCGAGCUACGAGUGCGUGGGCUCCGCGGACGACGACGACGGAGGCGAAGGCAUCGCUCGGAUGCUGAGAAAAGUGGCGGGGGUGUUCCGGCCGGGCACCAUGUCGGUGUCGGUGACCAGCCGGGGCAGCCAAGUAUGGACGAGAGUCGCGAGCGCGCUGGAGCCGCUAGGGCUGAAGUGCCGGAGCUGCGCCGCGACGGACCAGUCCCCAGAAGCCGGGACGGUCGUUUUCCAGACGUUCACAGCUAGACCUGCGUGACGACGGCCGAGACGAGAAUAGCCGGUAUAAAUGCAAAAUCCCCAAAAAAAAAAAAAAAA